CUCUCUCUCUCUCUCUCUCUCUCUCUCUCUCUCUCUCUAUCAAACUACCUGCCUAUUGUCUAUCUAUCUGUAUAUCAUUUAUCAAUAUAUUAUCAUCUAUCUUUCUAUCUUCUAUCUAUCUAUCUAUCGUAUCUUUGUAUCUGUGUAUCUAUGCAUCUAUCCAUCUAUCUAUCUAUCUAUCUGUCUAUCUAUCUAUCUAUCUGUCUAUCGUCUGUCUGUCUAUCUAUCUAUCAUCUAUCUGUCUAUCUAUCUAUCUAUCUAUCUAUCAUCUAUCUAUCUGUCUAUCAUCUAUCUAUCUACCUAUCUAUCAUCUAUCUAUCCAUCUAUCUGUCUGUCUGUCUGUCUGUCUGUCUAUCUAUCAUCUAUCUGUCUAUCUAUCAUCUAUCUGUCUAUCUAUCUAUCUAUCUUCCACCAUCUAUCAUCUAUCUAUCCAUCUAUCAUGUUUAUCUCUAUGUAUCUAUCUAUGUAUCUAUGUAUCUAUCUAUCUAUCUAUCUAUCUAUCUAUCUAUCUAUCUAUCAUCUAUCAUCAUCAUCUAUCAUCUAUCUAUCUAUCUAUCUAUCUAUCUAUCUAUCAUCUAUCUGUCUGUCUGUCUAUCUAUCUAUCUGUCAUCUAUCUGUCUGUCUAUCUAUCUAUCAUCUAUCUGCCUGUCUAUCUAUCUAUCUAUCUAUCUAUCUAUCUAUCUAUCUAUCUAUCUAUCAUCUAUUUAUCUACUUUGCCAUGCUAGUAGUCAAAGUCAAGUCCUUACAAAUGUGAGGCAAAUGUCCUAG